CGGGCCUCCCAGGUGAGGGCGGUCACUGCUGCGGACUCAGGGCCAGCAGCGGGCGGAGGAAAGGCGGCAAGAGGUGGGGGCUGGAAAGGGACAGAAGAGACCCUUUAACACUUGCCUGCGGCUUGGCUCCCCGCGGAGCCUCCGGGAGCCCGCGCCGUGGGGUGGAGGAGUCUGGGGUAGAAGAGGCCAGGAUUUGCUCGCAGCCACACCGCACGUCCUCAGGCGGGCGCUCCGUCGUGGGCUCUGUCCAUUCCCACCAUGGCCUUCUGGACGCAGCUCAUGCUGCUGCUUUGGAAGAAUUUCCUGUACCGCAGGAGACAACCGGUCCAGCUCUUGGUGGAGUUGCUGUGGCCUCUCUUUCUCUUCUUCAUCCUGGUGGCCGUCCGCCACUCCCACCCCCCACUUGAGCACCAUGAAUGCCAUUUCCCCAACAAGCCGCUGCCCUCCGCCGGCACCGUUCCUUGGCUCCAGGGCCUCAUCUGCAACUUGAACAACACUUGCUUCCCGCAGCCCACGCCCGCCGAGCAGCCGCGCGUCCUCAGCAACUUCCAGGACUCCCUGGUCUCCCGGCUCCUGGCAGAUGCCCGCACUGUCCUGGGGGGCCCCAGUGCCCACAGAACGCUGGCCAGCCUGGGAAAGCUGAUGUCGCUGCUGAGAGCUGCGGGCACAACAGCCCAGCAUCAGCCAAGCGACCGACUGCAGGACCUCCUGUCCCUGACCACUGAGCUACUGGGGACACUGCUUGGAGAGGGGUCCCUGGGGUCUGUGCCGGACCAUGCCCAGGAGUCCGUGAGCAGCUUUGUGGAGGCAGCAGAGGACCUGGCCCAGGAGCUCCUGGCACUGCCCAGCCUGGUGGAGCUCCGGGCACUGCUGCGGAGACCCCAAGGAGCAGGUGGACCCCUGGAGGCUGUGUCCGAGGCCCUCUGCAGUGCCCGGGGGCCUAGCAUCCCCGGGGGGCCCUCCCUCAACUGGUACGAGGCCAGCCACCUGAAGGAGUUGGUGGGGCAGGAGCCAGCAGCAGCCCAGCCCGACCACGGCCUGAGCCCUGCUUGUGCUGAGCUUGUGGGGUCCCUGGAAUCUCACCCACUGUCCCGCCUGCUCUGGAGGCGUCUGAAGCCGCUGGUCCUGGGGAAAGUGCUGUUUACACCCAACACUGCCUUCACCAGGCAGCUCAUGGCCCAGGUGAACCGGACCUUCCAGGAGCUGGCUCUGCUGAAGGACGUCCAGGAGGUGUGGGGUGUGCUGGGACCCCAGCUCUUCGACUUCCUGAAUGACAGUACGAGCCUGGCGAUGAUGCAGAGGCUCCUGCAAGCUGGGGACAGAGGAAGGAGGUGGCCGGGAUCUGGAGGCCAGGCCCCGGCCAAGGCCCUGCUGGCCUUUCUGGACCCCCAUGGGGAAGGCUACACCUGGCGGGAGGCCCAUGCCGAGGUGGGCCACGUGGUGGGCAUGCUGGGCCGUGUGGUGGAGUGUGUCACCCUGGACAAGCUGGAGGUGGCACCCUCAGAGGCCGCUCUGGUGGCACGGGCGCUGGAGCUGCUGGCAGAGCGCCGUUUCUGGGCCGGCAUCGUCUUCCUGGGGCCUGAGGAACGUCGGGACCGCGCACAGCCCCGGGGUCCCGGCCACGUGCGGGUCAAGAUCCGCAUGGACAUCGAUGCUGUCACAAGAACCAACAAGAUCAGGGACAGGUUCUGGGACCCCGGCCCGGCCGCCGACCCCUUGACGGACCUGCGCUACGUGUGGGGUGGCUUCGUGGACCUGCAGGACCUGCUGGAGCGCGCGGCGGUGCGUGUGCUCGGCGGCCGCGAGCCCCGGGCGCGCCUCUUCCUGCAGCAGAUGCCGUACCCCUGCUUCGUGGAUGAUGCGUUCCUGCGCGUCCUGGGCCGGUCGCUGCCGCUCUUCCUGACGCUGGCCUGGAUCUACUCGGUGGCGCUGACGGUGACGGCGGUGGUGCGCGAGAAGGAGACCAGGCUGCGCGGCACCCUGCAGGCCGUGGGGCUGGGCCGCGCCGUGCUGCGGCUCGGCUGGUUCCUCAGCGGCCUGGCGCCCUUCCUGCUCAGCACCGCGCUGCUCGUGCUCGUGCUCCAGGUGCGCGCCUCCGCCUCGCCGGCCGCCGAGCGGGAGCGCGCGCACGGUCGCGGGCCGUCCGGCAGCCUGACGCAGCCUGUCUGUCUGGGGCCCCUGCGGCUCGGGGACAUCCUCCCCUACAGCCACCCGGCCGUGGUCUUCCUGUUCCUGGCGGCUUUCGCCGUGGCCACCGUGGUCCAGAGCUUCCUUCUGAGCGCCUUCUUCUCCCGCGCCAACCUGGCGGCCGCCUGCGGAGGCCUCGCCUACUUGGUGCUCUAUCUGCCCCACGUGCUGUGCGUGGCCUGGCGGGACCAGCUGCCUGCGGGUGGUCUGGUGGCCGCGAGCCUGCUGUCUCCUGUGGCCUUUGGGUUCGGCUGCGAGACCCUGGCGCCGCUGGAGGAGCAGGGCGAGGGCGCGCAGUGGCACAACAUGGGCGCUGGGCCUGCGGCCGACGUCUUCAGCUUGGCGCAGGUUUCUGGCAUUCUGCUGCUGGAUGCCGCGCUCUAUGGCCUCGCCACCUGGUACCUGGAGGCCGUCUGCCCAGGCCAGUACGGGAUCCCCAAACCGUGGAACUUUCCCUUUCGGAGGAGCUAUUGGUUUGGACCUCCUUCUCCCAAGGGCUCCUCCCCACUUGCCACCCCAAAGGACCCGAAAGUGCUGAUGGAAGAGGUACCCCCGGGUCUGAUCCCAGGAGUCUCCAUACGGGGCCUGGAGAGGCACUUUCCCGGCAACCCGCAGCCGGCCCUGCGGGGGCUCAGCCUGGACUUCUACCAGGGCCAGAUCACUGCCUUGCUGGGCCACAACGGAGCCGGCAAGACGACCACACUGUCCAUCCUGAGUGGCCUCUUUCCCCCAACCCGGGGCUCCGCCUGCAUCCUGGGCUAUGAUGUCCAGUCCAGCAUGGAAGCCAUCCGGCCCCACCUGGGCGUCUGCCCGCAGUACGUGCUCUUUGACAUGCUGACCGUGGAUGAGCACAUCUGGUUCUACGGGCGGCUGAAGGGUCUGAGUGCGGCUGCUGUGCGCCCCGAGCAGGCCCGUCUCCUGCAGGAUGUGGGGCUCGUCCCCAAGUCGGGGGCCCAGGCACGUCACCUCUCUGGUGGGAUGCAGAGGAAGCUCUCAGUGGCCAUCGCCUUUGUGGGUGGCUCCCGGGUCGUGAUCCUAGAUGAGCCCACAGCUGGUGUGGACCCUGCUUCCCGGCGCAGCAUUUGGGAGCUGCUGCUCAAAUACCGGGAAGGUCGCACACUGAUCCUUUCCACCCACCACCUGGAUGAGGCAGAGCUGCUAGGAGACCGUGUGGCUGUGGUGGCGGGGGGCCGCGUGUGCUGCUGCGGUUCCCCGCUCUUCCUGCGCCGUCACCUCGGCUCCGGCUACUAUCUGACGUUGGUGAAGGCUCCCGUGUCCCUGGCCGCCAGCAGCAAGGGGAAGACUGACCUGGAGGAGAGCGUAGAUGCCGGGCAGAGGCGGGAGCCGGUCAGCUGGGGUGGCACAGCUGGUGUGUCCGGGCUGCUGUGCCUUGUGCAGCAGCUGGUGCCCGGGGCGCGGCUGGUGAGGGAGCUGCCCCACGAGCUGGUACUAGUGCUGCCCUACGGGGGUGCUGAGGACGGCAGCUUUGCCAGGCUUUUCUGGGAAGUGGACCAGCGGCUGGAGGAGCUGGGGCUGGCCGGCUACGGGAUCUCGGACACCAGCCUGGAAGAGAUCUUCCUGAAGGUGGUACAAGAUUGUGCUGCGGCCACAGACCCGGAGGAUGCGGCCACAGGGGGUAGCCACAGGCAGCAGCCAGGCCCAGGCCGCGCUCGCCCAGAUGUGACCACACAGCUCAAGAUCCUCCCUGAGGAGUCCAUCUCAGAAAACGGGGAGCUUGCUCUGUCUGCCCCAGAGACGCAGGCCCUGCGGGGCUCUGCACAGCCCCGGGUGUGGGGCUGGGCACUGACCCGCCAACAGCUCCGGGCCCUGCUUCUCAAGCGCUUUCUGCUUGCCCGCCGCAGCCGCCGUGGCCUGUUUGCACAGAUUGUGCUGCCUGCCCUCUUCGUGGGGCUGGCGCUGGUGUUCAGCCUCAUCGUGCCUCCUUUCGGACACUACCCGGCUCUGCGGCUCAGUCCCAGCAUGUAUGGUGCCCAGGUGUCCUUCUUCAGUGACGACGCUCCUGGGAGCCCGGAGCGCGCCCGCCUGCUGGAGGUGCUGCUGGAGGAGGCGGGGCUGGAGGCCCCCCCGGGGAACGGCUCUACCAGGAUGCGCGAGUGCCCAGCGCCCGCUGUCUGCCAGUUUUGGGUGCCUGAAGUGCCUGCGGGUGUUGCUGAGGUCCUGACCAGCGGAAACUGGACCCCGGAGUCCCCGUCCCCAGCCUGCCAGUGCAGCCAGCCCGGUGCCCGGCGCCUGCUGCCCCACUGCCCCGCUGCGGCCGGGCCCCCGCCCCAGGCACUGGCCGGCUCUGGGGAGGUGGUGCAGAACCUGACAGGCCGGAACCUGUCCGACUUCCUGGUGAAGACCUACCCGCGCCUGGUCAGGCAGGGCCUGAAGACCAAGAAGUGGGUGAACGAGGUCAGGUACGGGGGCUUCUCCCUGGGGGGCCGAGACCCAGGCCUGCCCUCGGGCCAGGAGGUGAGUCGCUCGGUGGAGCAGCUGCGCGUGCUGCUGGACCCCGCGCCGGGCGGGGCCCUCGACCGCAUCCUGAACAGCCUCGCCGCGUGGGCGCACAGCCUCGACGCGGAGGACAGUCUCAAGAUCUGGUUCAACAACAAGGGCUGGCACGCCAUGGUCGCCUUUGUCAACAGAGCCAACAACGCCGUCCUCCGCGCCCAGCUGCCCCCGGGCCCUGCCCGCCGCGCCCACAGCAUCACCACGCUCAACCACCCCCUGAACCUCACCAAGCAGCAACUGUCGGAGGCUGCGCUGGUGGCCUCAUCGGUGGACGUGCUUGUCUCCAUCUGUGUGGUGUUCGCCAUGUCUUGUCCGGCCAGCUCCACCCUCCUUCUCAUCGAGGAGCGCAUCACCCGGGCCAAACACCUGCAGUUUAUGGGGGGCCUGCCUCCCACUCUUUACUGGCUCGGCAGCUUCCUCUGGGACAUGUGUAACUACUUGGUGUCAGCGUGCGUCGUGGUGCUCAUCUUCCUGGCCUUCCAGCAGAGGGCGUACGUGGCCCCUGCCAACCUGCCGGCCCUCCUGCUGCUGCUGCUUCUGUAUGGCUGGUCGAUCACGCCGCUCAUGUACCCGGCCUCCUUCUUCUUCUCCGUGCCCAGCACGGCCUACGUGGUGCUCACCUGUGUCAACCUCUUCAUCGGCAUCAAUGGCAGCUUGGCCACCUUCGUGCUCGAGCUCUUCUCUGAUCAGAAGCUGCAGGACGUCAGCCGGAUCCUGAGACGGGUCUUCCUGAUCUUCCCCCACUUCUGCCUGGGCCGGGGGCUCAUCGACAUGGUGCGGAACCAGGCCAUGGCUGAUGCCUUUGAGCGCUUGGGAGAUGGGCAGUUCCAGUCACCCUUGCGCUGGGAGGUGGUUGGCAAAAAUCUCUUGGCCAUGGCGGUGCAGGGGCCGCUCUUCCUCCUGUCCACGCUCCUGCUGCAGCAUGGCGGACGCCUCUUGCCGCAACCCCAGCCAGGGUCGCUGCACCCCCUGGGGGACGAGGAUGACGAUGUGGCCCGAGAGCGGGAACGGGUGGUCCAAGGGGACACCCAGGGGGACGUGUUGGUGCUGAGAGACCUGACCAAGGUGUGCCAUGGGCAGAGGACACCAGCUGUCGACCGCCUGUGCCUGGGGAUCCCCCCUGGUGAGUGUUUCGGUCUGCUGGGAGUGAAUGGAGCUGGUAAGACCUCCACAUUCCGCAUGGUGACUGGGGACACGCUGCCCAGCAGUGGGGAGGCCACACUGGCAGGCCACAACGUGGCCCGGGAGCCGGCGGCUGCGCACCGCCACAUGGGUUACUGCCCUCAGUCGGAUGCCAUCUUCGAGCUGCUGACGGGCCGCCAGCACCUGGAGCUGUUCGCGCGCCUACGCGGUGUUCCCGAGGCGCAGGUUGCCCAGACGGCGACCCUGGGCCUGGAGCGCCUGGGGCUCCUGCAGUCCGCGGACCAACCUGCGGGCACCUACAGUGGAGGCAACAAGAGGAAGCUGGCCACAGCGGUGGCACUGGUGGGGGACCCCGCUGUGGUCUUUUUGGACGAGCCGACCACCGGCAUGGACCCCAGCUCUCGGCGCUUUCUCUGGAACAGCCUCCUGGCCGUCGUGCGGGAGGGCCGCUCCGUGGUGCUUACGUCACACAGCAUGGAGGAGUGCGAGGCUCUGUGCACGCGCCUGGCCGUCAUGGUGAACGGGCGGUUCCGCUGUCUGGGCAGCACGCAGCACCUCAAGAACAGGUUCGGAGCCGGCCACAUACUGACCCUGCGGGUGCCCGCCGCCCGGUCCGAGUCGGCGCUGGCCCUCGUGGCGACCGCGUUCCCGGGGGCCGAGCUGCGCGAGGCGCACGGCAGCCGCCUGCGCUUCCAGCUGCCGCCGGGAGGGCGCUGCGCCCUGUCCCGCGUCUUCGGGGAGCUGGCGGCGCGCGGGGCGGAGCACGGCGUGGAGGACUUCUCCGUGAGCCAGACCACCUUAGAGGAGGUAUUCCUGAACUUCUCCAAGGACCAGGGGAAUGAGGAGGACCACAGGCCGGAGGCCGGAGGCCAGGAAGGCCCCGCGCCACGCCCACAGCAUCCCGGACUCAUCGCUGGAUUCCUGGAGGACCCCAGCAUGGCCGAGUCGGUCCCCUGAGCCCCCCUCAUCGGAGGGGUCUGCGGGAGAUGCUGGGAGGGCCGGGGUUUGGGGCGGGGACCCAGGCCCUCAGAGGACCCACUGCCCUGGGGGGAAAUAAAGAGAACUUGUGGUGUGAAA